UGCAGGCUCCAGGACGUGCAUUGGAAUCGGAAUGAAGCAGCUCGCUGGGCUCAUGGUCGCCUUUUGGCUCUUUCUAGUGGGCAGCCUGCGGGCUGGGGUGGCACAGGAGCUCCGGUUUCCGCCCAACAGGAUAGCUGUGGUGGGAGCUGGAAUCGGAGGAUCGUCUGCUGCGUAUUUUCUGAGGCAGAAAUUUGGGAAACACGUCCAGAUUGAUUUGUUUGAAAAAGGAGAAGUCGGAGGCCGCUUGGCUACGGUGGACAUGGAAGGUGGCCAAUAUGAGGCUGGGGGAUCCGUGAUACACCCCUUAAAUCUGCACAUGAAAACAUUUGUUAAAGAAUUGGGUCUUUCUGUCCGUGCGCCGAGCGAUAGCCUGGUUGGAAUUCAUAACGGAGAGGACUUUGUUUUCCAAGAGAGCCACUGGUUCAUUGUUAACAUCGUCAAAAUGCUGUGGCGUUACGGGCUCAACUUUCUGCGCAUGUACAUGUGGGUGGAAGACAUGUUGGAUAAAUUCAUGAGGAUAUACCGCUAUCAAACCUUCGAUUAUUCAUUUUCCACAACCGAGUCGUUACUUCACGCCCUAGGGGGUAAUGACUUCAUGACGAAAUUAAAUGUUACCGUCGACGAGGCCUUGCAAAGGGCUGGCUUCUCCCAAAAGUUCAUCGAUGAAAUUGUUACCCCUGCCAUGAGAGUUAACUACAAUCAAGGAGUGAAAAUCAACGGCUUUGUUGGUGCGGUGUCUCUGGCUGGUACUGAUUCGGGUCUCUGGUCAGUGGAGGGUGGAAACAAGCUUGUGUGCACUGGGCUUGUGUAUUCCUCAAAGGCCCAGCUAAUUCAAGGCACGGUCACCUCCAUGCAAGAGAAAGUCCGUCCUCUGAAAUCUGGAGGUACAGUAAAACUGUACGAAUUAAGCUAUGAGACCAGCGCAGGACCCGGUCUGGAAAUGUAUGAUAUCGUGGUGAUAGCGACACCUCUCAACAAGGAUGUCUCCAACAUCAGUUUCUUGGGGUUCAAUCCUCCCAUACAUACCUUCUCUAAGCGAUAUCAGCAGACGGUGGCCACGUUUGUUCACGGACAACUCAACUCUUCGUUCUUUGGAUGUUCUUCACCUUGUCGAUUUGAGGUAUCGGAAAUCCUAACCACCGAUAACCCCAAGCUGUUUUUUAGCAGCGUUGGCGCCGUCUCUCCUGUGAAGGCAAAAUCCGAAUCUGAAGCUUCCCAGUCUGCUGAAAGUCUGAAAGUGUGGAAGGUCUUCUCUCCAGAGCCUCUGACAAAAGAUCAGCUGGACCUGCUGUUUAAGUCGCACCAUGCAGUGAGUGAAAAGAAAUGGCUGGCUUAUCCUCUGUACAGCCCCCCGGAGAAAAUGCCUCCCGUUAUACUCCACGAUAGGAUCUACUACGUUAACAGCAUUGAACUGGCAGCCAGCGCCAUGGAGAUGAGCGCCAUCUCUGCCAAGAACGUGGCUCUGCUUGCCCAUCAUAGGUGGUACGGUAAGGACGGACAGAUCGACCAGGAAGACUUAACAGAGCGGCUUAAGUCUGAGCUGUAAAUCGGGAAUGUGGAAUUCAUUGCACAUCAUGUCACACGAAGGAUGGACAGAUCUGUUAGAGAGACAGAACAGAACGCUGAUUUUUUUGAUGCUAUAUAUUUGUGUUAAUUUGUUAGUGUUUCUAUGUCACUUUGAAUGAAUUCUAUAUAAUGUUAAUUCAGUUUUUAAUCUUUGUUUAAUAUUCUCCCGCCUUGUCAUCUUUUUUUUUCUUUCUAAACUGAACUCAGGGAAGUAUCAAUAUAUAUAUAAUUUGUAUAAAUACAUUUUGAGGUCUAUUACAUUUAGAAA